UGCAUGUGGAAUCUUUCGAUAAACGUGGAACAUUAGAACAUAACCAUAAAACAAGCCCAUCUAAGUCCAGGUUGUAUAGAUGUAAUAGACAACUUAGUGAACGUGUCAAAAGACAGCUUGAGGUAAAUGACAUAGCAGGCAUACCGUUGCAUAAAAGCUUUAAUUCAACUGUAGUGGCAGGUGGUUUUGAUAAUAUGACAUGUGUUGAGAAAGAUUGCAGAAACUUCAUCGAGAAAGUGCGACGUUUAAGACUAGGGGAAGGGGAUGACCUUGCAAUUCAAGCUUACUUUACGAAAAUGCAAUCAUGUAGUCCUGGUUUUUUCUUUAGUAUGGACUUAGAUGAUGAUUGUCGAUUGAGAAAUGUGUUUUGGGUAGAUAAUAGAUGUCGCGAAGCGUAUAAGGAAUUUGAAGAUGUAGUUACUUUUGACACCACAUACCUCACGAACAAGUAUGAUAUGCCCUUUGUUCCUUUUGUGGGGGUUAAUCACCAUGGGCAAUCAACUCUUCUUGGCUGUGGUUUGGUUUCAAAUGAGGAUACUAACACAUUUGUUUGGUUGUUUCGGACAUGGCUAGAAUGCAUGAAUGGCCAAGCUCCUAAUGGAAUUAUUACAGAUCGAGAUCGAGCUAUGCAAAAUGCUAUUCAAAUUGUUUUUCCUAGCGCGAAGCAUAGAUGGUGCUUAUGGCACAUACUAAAGAAGUUGUCAGAGAAGUUUGGCUAUCAUAAAGCCAAAGGUCCAAUAAUGCAUGCUAUACAUGUGUUAGUCUACGAUACAUUAAGUUGUGAAGAAUUUGAGGAAGGCUGGUUGAAUAUGCUUGAUCAGUUUGAAUUGUGAGAUCAUGUUUGGUUGAGUGGACUCUAUGAAGAGAGAACUCGUUGGGUACCAUGCUACCUAAACACUACAUUUUGGGCAGGUAUGUCAACCACACAAAGGAGUGAGAGCAUGAAUGCAUUCUUCGAUGGCUAUGUGCAUUCGAAGACUUUUUUGAAGCUUUUUGUAGAGCAAUAUGAGCGAGCGUUGAGAACUAAAGUGGAGAAAGAAUUUCAGGCUGAUUUCAGAUCAUUUUCACAAAUGAUUCCAUGUGCCACUAAGUACAAUAUGGAGAAACAAUUUCAAGAUGUGUACACUAUCACGAAAUUUAGAGAGUUCCAACAAGAGUUCACAGGGAAGGUUUACUGUGACCUCUUAUCUGUGAUAGACUAUCCCGGGGGAACGAAGUACGAAGUACGUGAGGAUAUCAUUCUAAGUGAAGGAAUGAAGAAAAGAAUAUUUAUAGUGAAAUUCCUUAGAGAGAGUUGUGAGAUUGAGUGCAAUUGUCAUUUGUUUGAGUUUCGAGGUAUCAUUUGCAAACACUCAAUAUCAGUUUUAAUUUGGAAUGACGUACAAUUGCUUCCGGAGAAGUAUGUCUUGUGGAGAUGGAGGCGAGAUGUUAGUCGACCAUAUAUGCGGGUCCCAACUACAUACGAUGGUUUGGUUUGUACAAGUAAGCAAUUAAGGUACGAGAGAUUGUGUCUCGCUUUUACGAAGAUGGCAAACUUGAUAGCGUCGAACGAAGAACACUCCAAUCAUCUGUUGGGAUGGAUUGAAUCCCAAACAAACCAAUUAUGUAAAUCGAAUUAUGGUAACUUGGUUGUGCACGUACUUGAAGCUCAAAAUGCUGAAAGUAUCCACAUUUUGGACCCGAAGCUGACGAAAAGAAAAGGUGCCCCCAGAAAGUUGUGCAAAAAGAGUCCGUUGGAGGUGAAUUCAAAAAAAUCAAAGGGUCGAAAGAAGGUUCCAACAAGUUCAACACUUUCGCUUAAGUGUAGUAGACCGGAAGAAAAUGUCGUGAACACAAAAAAUGCUGACAAGGUCGAAGAUCAUUGCAUUUCAUCUUCUCAAACACACCAACUUUUUGUAACACAAGAGAGCGUUGAUCUUAUUGAACGUUUGUAGGGAGAAUCUAUUUCUUUUGAUGUGGAAGGUGGUAAACGUUAUGAAGGUGGCUCCAAUUGUGUAUUAUUUUGUAAUAUUUAGAUUUUAAUAUUUUCUAAACUUUUUGGGUGCAAAUUUUGUAAUAACGUUAUUAAGGUGGCUCCAAUUGUCUAUUAUUUUGUAAUAUUCAAGUUCUAAUAUUUUGUAAACUCAGGCAGAAUGUAUAUUGAUUAAAUAUUACUUUUGGUUCAUUACCAUUCCCAUUU